GAGUACGGUCACUCUGUCAGUGUCGUGGCUUGGUUUUGCACGGAUUUUGUAUUUUUAGUUUUAAACCCAUAAUUAAUAAGUAAAUAUGGCCUUUGAUUCGAUACCCAAAGAUCUGAGAGGACUUCGCGCAUGCCUCGUUUGCUCCCUAGUGAAGAGUUUUGAUCAAUUUGAGACUGAUGGCUGUGAAAACUGCGAGGAGUUCCUGCGGAUGAAAAACAACAAGGACAAUGUCUAUGAUCACACUAGCAACAACUUUGACGGAAUUAUUGCCCUAACUACGCCCACCGACUCCUGGGUGGCCAAGUGGCAAAGAUUGUCCCGCUUUACUCGUGGUAUCUAUGCCAUUUCUGUAUCCGGAACACUGCCGCAGUCCACCUUACGUGACAUGAAGAACCGUGGAAUUGUCUACAAAUCUCGGGACAGAAGUCAACGCUAAACAACCAGAUUGCCGUACAAAAUACAUGUAUAAAUCUUUAUUCUUUAAUUUAUAACAAAACCACGAAUACAUACAAUAGCAAUACAAAACGAAA